AUGGCUCGUACUAAGCAAACUGCUCGGAAGUCUACUGGUGGAAAGGCGCCACGCAAACAGUUGGCCACUAAGGCAGCCCGCAAGAGUGCUCCGGCCACCGGCGGUGUGAAAAAGCCCCACCGCUACCGGCCCGGUACUGUGGCUCUGCGCGAGAUCCGCCGUUAUCAGAAGUCUACCGAACUGCUGAUUCGUAAACUACCUUUCCAGCGCCUAGUGCGCGAGAUUGCGCAGGACUUCAAAACAGACCUGCGCUUCCAGAGCUCUGCUGUGAUGGCUCUGCAGGAGGCGUGCGAGGCCUACUUAGUUGGGCUGUUUGAGGACACUAACCUGUGCGCCAUCCACGCCAAGCGCGUCACUAUCAUGCCCAAGGACAUCCAGCUGGCUCGCCGCAUCCGCGGAGAGCGGGCAUGA